AUGAACCAGCUUGCAAAGUUUAAGUACGACGUCAUUGGUCUCUGCGAAACACGUGCCAAAGUUGAAAGUCGAACGAAAUGGGUCCAAACAGGAGACGAACUCAUCAUUGGUGAAGGAAUUGGCCAACAAAGUGUCGGUGGGGUUGGAUUCAUUAUCAACAGCCGAAUCGCCAACCGUGUGAUCGAGGUCCAAGUACACUCGCACCGAAUCGCAACACUCAAGCUCGACAUCGGAAGAAAAUCACCGCUCCUGAUCAUACAAAUUUAUGCCCCCCACAAGGAAUACGGCAUGGAUGAGAUUGAAAACUUCUAUUCCGAAGUAGAAACACAUUUAGACCAACCUGCAUACCAAAAGAUCGUUAUGGGUGAUUUUAACGCUCAAUUGGGAGCGAGAAACAUCAACCAGAAAUACUUGGGUAAGUUCACAAGUGGCAGCUGGGACAACAACAACGAAACUGGAGAACUACUGGCUGAAUUUGCGGAAGCGAACAAGCUCUUUUUAAUCAACACGUUCUUCCAGAAAGCCCCAAAUAAACGGUGGACAUUUGAAUCAACGAACAUUAACAAGUCAAGACACGAAAUUGACUUUGGGUUAUGUACUGAUCGACUCAUGGUUACGAACGUCGAAUUUCUCAGCCGACUCGACAUUAGUAGCGACCAUCGCCCAGUACGAUUCACACUAAAUAUCGAAAUAAAAAAACAAAGACCACAAAUGAUGAAAUCCAGACAAACCAUAAAUGAAGACCUUCUACAAAGAAACAUUGCCGAAAAUGAUUGGAAGACAAGUGGCUCGCUAACUACGAAGUUCAUCAAGAUUAAACGACAACUGAAAACAUGCGUUGACGCUGCUUCUACGAAGAAGCCGAGACAAUCCCGCUUCUCCGAAAUGACGAAUAAACUCCUGCUGGAGAGAAAAUGCAUGAACCGACAUGCGAAUCCAGUCAAAUUCGUCGAGCUCAGCAAAUUGAUCCGAAAGAAGAUCCGUGAAGACCAUGAAAAGUUCCGAACCGAGCGUUUAUUGAAAACCAUCGAAGAACACCGAAGUCUGAAAAAGUGCAAACGAGAUUUGCGUCAACAGAUCGCUACGAUGAGUGCAUUGAAGGCCGAAGAUGGAACACGUCUCACCAAACGCUUUGAAAUGGAACGUCGAGUACAAGAUUUUUACACAUCGCUAUUCGCGUCGAAGAAGGCAGUACCACUAGAUGAAGACCGUGGCGUAGAAGAAGACGUACCUCCGAUUCUCGUCUCCGAAGUUCAAGCAGCUGUGUUAAGUCUCAAAGCCGAUAAAGCACCUGGUCCUGAUGGCAUCACGAACGAGGCACUGAAGAAGGGUGGGUACGAAUUGUGGAAGGUAUUGACCAAGCUAUUCAAUGAAUGCUUGGAAAGCGAAAAUGUACCGACCCAAUGGAAGAAGUCGACAACUAUCAUCAUCCCGAAAAAGGGUGAUCGUGAAGAUUUGAAGAACUACCGACCUAUCGCGCUUCUGCCAACGAUCUACAAGGCUUUCACCAAAGUGCUGGUAAAUCGAAUGACUCGACAAUUAGACGAGCAACAACCAUGCGAACAAGCAGGUUUCCGAAGUGGUUUCUCGACGACCGACCACCUUCAAGUUGUAAACCAAGUAUUGGAACGAACUCGAGAGUGCAAGAUCCCGAUGUGCAUGGUUUUCGUGGACUACGAGAAGGCGUUCGACUCCAUUGAGAUCAAUGCCGUUAUCAAUGCUUUGGUUCGACAGAACAUAUCAAAGAAGUAUAUUCGAACGCUCCUAAAUACCAACACCGACUGCUCAACGUCAAUUCGAUUGUUCCACAACGACAUCGUGAUCCCAGUCAAACGAGGUGUGCGGCAAGGUGACACCAUCUCUCCGAAGUUGUUCAAUGCUGCUCUCGAAGACGUUUUCCGAAAAAUUAACUGGGAAAGGAGAGGUAUCAUGGUCGAUGGAGAGCCGCUCAACCACCUUCGUUUCGCCGACGACAUCAUCCUCUUCGCCCAUGACGUCAACAUCGCGGGAGAAAUGCUAAAAGAACUAAACGAAGCAAGCGCCAAAGUCGGUCUUCGAAUUAAUCGGGCCAAAACCCAAGUAAUGAAGAACGAUCAAUGCGCCAUGGGGACGGUUACCUUGGACGGUGACACUAUUCUGUUCGUCGACAAGUAUACAUAUCUCGGCCAAAUGAUAACCUUUGACCACAAAAUCGACGAAGAGAUCCGAAGACGACGCAGUGCGGCGUGGCUUAGUUUUAAAAACAUCGAAGACGUGUUGAAAAAGACGAAAGACCUCAAGCUACGAGCUCAUCUAUUCAACUCGAUGGUUCUACCAGCACUUAAUUACGGCUGCGAGGUGUGGACUAUGCGAGAUAUUGAAAAACAAAAGCUACAAACGACGCAACGAGCAAUGGAACGGCGGGUGCUCGGCAUCAAACUGGUCCAGAAAAUUCCAAAUACCACCAUCCGUCAACGAACUCAAUUCAAAGACGCAUACAUAGAUGCAGUUAAACGGAAGCUUCAAUGGGCAGGUCAUGUAGUACGGAGAGAAGAUAACAGAUGGACCAACCGCACGACUUUCUGGUGGCCAUACAACUUCCGACGACCGCGAGGAAGACCUGCAGAUCGAUGGCGCAAACUCAUGAAGGACAAGUUGGGGAACAACUGGCAUCAACUCGCGAGAAACCGAGUGACAUAUAGGGAAAAAACGGCUGAAGUGCUUUCAUUAAUGUUAAACUUUGAUUGA